GCGCACUGCUAUCGAGGCUUUUCCUCGGCCAGUCCUCACCGACAUUGCUCACACCUCAAGGCACCUUCGAGCUGUGAGAUGGCUUUCGUUUCUGCACGAUUUACCGGCGCAUUCGCCAAACAACUGGUCAGGGGCGUUGCCAAGUACCCGACGCGCUGCACCGGCGUGAGUUCGUACGUCGCUCGACACUUUUCCACCACGAAAUGUGUGUCAGCCGGUCCCGGUGCCGCAGAGGUGUCCUCCAUCUUGGAGGAACGCGUCCUGGGCCAGGCGACCACGGCCAACUUAGAGGAGACCGGACGCGUUCUGUCCAUCGGUGACGGUAUCGCCCGCGUCUACGGACUCAAGAACAUCCAGGCCGAGGAGAUGGUGGAGUUCUCCAGCGGCCUUAAGGGCAUGGCCUUGAACUUGGAGCCCGACAACGUCGGUAUCGUCGUGUUCGGUAACGACAAGCUCAUCAAGGAAGGUGACAUUGUCAAGCGGACAGGUGCCAUCGUCGACGUGCCGGUCGGACCCGAACUUCUGGGUCGCGUCGUGGACGCCCUGGGCAACCCAAUCGACGGCAAAGGACCCGUGGCCUGCAAGGGCAGGGCCCGCGUCGGAGUCAAGGCGCCCGGCAUCAUCCCCCGAAUCUCCGUCAAGGAGCCCAUGCUGACGGGCAUCAAGGCUGUAGACAGCCUGGUGCCCAUCGGUCGUGGUCAGCGUGAGCUCAUCAUUGGCGACCGUCAGACGGGCAAGACCGCCAUCGCCAUCGAUGCCAUUAUCAACCAGAAACGCUUCAACGAAGGCUCGGACGAGAAGAAGAAACUGUACUGUAUCUACGUCGCCAUCGGACAGAAGAGAAGUACCGUCGCGCAGAUCGUCAAGCGGCUCACGGGCGCCGACGCCAUGAAGUACACAAUCAUUGUCAGUGCAACGGCAUCGGACGCCGCCCCGCUGCAGUACCUGGCUCCUUACGCCGGGUGCGCCAUGGGCGAGUACUUCAGGGACAACGGGAUGCACGGCCUCAUCAUCUACGACGACUUGUCCAAGCAGGCUGUCGCCUACCGUCAGAUGUCUCUACUGCUAAGGCGACCUCCCGGUCGUGAGGCCUACCCAGGAGACGUGUUUUACCUCCACUCGCGUCUUCUGGAGCGUGCUGCCAAGAUGAACGACUCCUUCGGAGCUGGCUCCCUCACUGCUCUUCCAGUCAUCGAAACCCAGGCCGGCGACGUGUCCGCCUACAUCCCGACCAAUGUUAUCUCCAUCACAGAUGGCCAGAUCUUUCUGGAAACUGAACUCUUCUACAAAGGCAUCCGGCCCGCUAUCAACGUGGGCCUGUCCGUCAGUCGUGUAGGGUCGGCCGCCCAAACCAGGGCCAUGAAGCAGGUUGCCGGUUCUAUGAAGCUCGAGUUGGCGCAGUACCGAGAGGUGGCUGCAUUCGCACAGUUUGGCUCGGACCUCGACGCCGCCACGCAGCAACUGCUCAACCGGGGAGUCCGUCUGACGGAGCUCCUGAAGCAGGGCCAGUACAACCCGAUGGCCAUUGAGGAGCAGGUGGCGGUCAUCUACACGGGCGUGCGCGGCUACCUCGACAAGAUGGACCCCUCUAACAUCAACCGCUUUGAGCAAGAGUUCCUGCAGCACAUCAAAGCCACGCAGAAGGACCUCUUGGCCACCAUUGCCACAGAGGGCAAGAUCAGCGACGAGACUGAUGCAAAGCUAAAGAAGGUCGUCACGGACUUCAUGGCGACGUUUCAGCAGUGAAGAGGUAGUGAGGAACUGUGCCUAGCCAUUCCGGGGUGCCUCCCCUGCCAAUAGACCGAGGGUGGUUUCAGAGGGAACACAAAGUGCGACUUUGUCAGAGAGGUUUUGUUAAUAAAUAGUUUUACCAUACGA